UUAAAGUUUCAUACAGCUCUCAAAUUAGUUACCAAAAACGCUUCUCUGCUGCAUAUAGCAAUGGAUUAUGUGGUCGCAAGUAUGGUUGUAGACAGUCCAGUGGUAAUCUUCAGCCGGACCACUUGUUGCAUGAGCCACACCAUCAAGACUCUCAUCGGUGGCUUCGGGGCGAACCUGACGGUUUAUGAGAUCGACGAGGUUCCCAACGGGGAACAAGUAGAGAGGGAACUGCAACAGAUGGGGUGCAAUCCCAGUGUACCAGCUGUUUUCAUAGGCCAGCAGCUCAUUGGAGGAGCUAACCAAGUCAUGUCCCUCCAACUCAGGAACCAGCUUGCCCCAUUGCUCAAAAGGGCUGGAGCUAUAUGGAUUUGAAAGACAAAGCAUACUUCGAUUAACUCAAAUAAAGUGAUAACUGGUUUCGAUAUAUCUGUGUGUCUACAUAUUUUUGCAGAGAGUGCUUGUACGCCAUUUUUGGGGUUGACCAGAGAUAUAUGUUAAAGUAUUUUCCUUGUACUAACUUGUAUUUUUACUUG